ACGGGAUUCAAACACUACAGGAUAAAUUUAUGAAUACAUUUUAACUCUUUGUUUUGGCGAAACCUCCCGGCACACGAAGAAAACAAUAUAUCGGGAGAUUCAUACCCUGUAGUUACACUUGGAUCUACUACUGAACGACUUGAGUUUCAGGGCCAGUAACUUACCGGUUGAUUCAAAGAUCGGCGGUUGAUGAACGAAUCGAACGGACGUAUGUACCAACAGUUCAAAUCGCACUAGGUGAAUCAUUCUUGUUCGAGCAAGUAGUAGAACCCUUAAAUUGGAGGGAACUUGUCAGAUAGACUUAUGGAGUUAUGGAGGAGCUAGAGAUAGCAAAGAAGAAGCGGAAAGUUGAUGGUGGAGGUGCUGCCUCAACGCCAAACCAUGUGAUGACCAAUGGAGAUUCUAUUGGAACAAGCGAUGCAGCUUCCACUCGACCACUUUCCCAUCUGCAAUUUAAUCCGUCCAGAUUUGACCGACUCCGCCAGAUUACAAUUGACUGUCAAAAGAAUUUUCUCCCUCAACCUAAACCUAACGGCAGCAAGAUACUUCGAUGUAAAGGACCUGCAAAGGAACCGAACCCGGAGAUACACUCGUCGAACGAUGCAAACAGCCCAAGCCCUGAUCUUAUUAUAUCGUCCGCUGGCUCAUCACCGGCUCAUUCGCCUAAACCAUUAGAUUUCAAAAUGUUGUCUACGCCCCCGCGGUCGAGUAAACUGGGAGAUACGAAUCUUCCGAUACUUGAAAACACUUCAGAACUAACCUCCUCUGAUCGCCAAAUGGCGUGUGUCAGACUUGUGGCGAAAUUAGACGAAUCUUCAAGUAAAAAGCUUUCUAAUGGAGUCACCACGGAUGCUAGGACUUUAAAUCAGGAUUCCUUGGUGGAAGUUUUGGAAGAAGGCGAUCAAACGUGCCCAUUAAACCCUGGCGCUAAGCCUGUCCAUGUGAAUGGGGAAAUCAAUUUGUUAGAAGGGAACAAAGGGCCAGCGGAUAAUGAUAAAACUACUGUGAAGGAUCGAAAUUCACCGUCUUUUUCAGACCUGGCUCCCAGUGCUAACGCAGAGGAAACUACAAAGGACUUCAAUUUUAAUUCAGACGAAUUCAGACAAAUGGUCAAGAAAAUGAUCCAAGAGAGGAUGAGUCAAAUCCAGCAGUCAAUGGAUGAUGACAGCCCGAACGACAAGCUCUCCGUUAGGCUAGCUGCACUUGAGAAGGAGAACAAAGCAUUGAAAGAGUACGCAAAGAGAGUAGAAGAUUCUGUAAAAACGAUUUUAAAAGCUGAGAGCUUAAAAGCAAAGAAACGAGAAACUAAAGCUGUUCAAACCCAAGAUCUUAACUGGAUGAACGCUCUGCGCACGAAGACUGUGAACGCACCAUCUCCCCCAGCGAGUUUAACAGCUUCCAGGCCCUCAAAUGCUAGUGUCAAUGUUAUGACUACACCAACACCACGGCUCACCUCCACCGUAGCACCUUUGCCUGGUCACACAGUACCGCAAUCAGCUCCCGUUAACUAUCGCCCUGCGACUCAGAGGCAGUCGGAGCCUGUGCGUCCUCGUAUCCCUGUUGCGUCAAACGUCUCUCCUCGUCCACAAGCACCUAUCGCGUCGGGAGCCAAUUACGUCCCUGGGCCAGCGCUCCGACCCACACCCACUCAGGCGGCAGUGCCAAGGGGUCCUGCUCCACCUGUGCGCCACUUCUCUUCGGGUCAGUCAGGGUUUAAUGGCGUAAGAGCCCCUCCUCCGCCAAGUGUUCAGCCACCAAGGCCGAUGAUGAGGAUACAGCGACCCAUCACUAGCCUUCCCGGACCACGUAGCGUUGCUCCAACUCCUUCCCGCCCGUUGCCUACGGUGACGGUUCAUCCACAAACUCCAUCUAGUUCCACAUCUGUCCGGGGUCCACAUGAGUUGCCUUCGUAUGGUUACAACACACAAAAUGCUUAUCAUAACGGGCAGCAUAGCCCAAGAUUUCCUGUGGCUCCACAGAUGAGAGCUCAAGCACCCCAGCCUCCUCAGGGUGCCCCCCCUCAAGUCUCACAAGUACCUAGACCCGCUUAUCCACAGUCCCCUAUUCAAGCGUCGCAGCCUCAACAUAUGAUGCAACAACCUCAUCGUCAAGAACAACAACACCCUCAACGAAACCUCCCUCCAGUCUUGGUAAGACAGAAUACACCGGUGCAAAUGCAGUCUCCUCCCCAUGCGGUAAAUCAGCAAGCUUCACCUCACUCUCAACAGCCCGGUAUGGGGCAUUAUCAACAAGUGGUUGGACCUCCAAGACAAGUUGCUCCACCUCAACCUUCAGUUCCCCAGCAAAGCUAUGCACAAGUACCUAUAGGACCCCAACAGCCUGCCCAACAGGGUCUACCGCCGGGUUCAGGGCAACAUCCCCCUGUAUCUCCAGCAACAGAAGCUAAAGACCCCCCUCCGAAACCUAAUGUCUCCAUAGCGGUGGCUCCAAGCGGUAUCGUUUUGUCGUGGUACAUGGCUCUUGAGGAGAGACACGCGCCUAUAAUGAACUAUCAACUGUUUGCCCUUCAGGACGGCGGAACAACGGAGAACCCUCACCAGUGGAAGAAGAUUGGAGUCGUCAAGGCGUUGCCGCUUCCUAUGGCUUGCACUCUGACUCAGUUUUCACCUGGCAAUAAGUACCACUUCUUGGUACGUGCUACUGAUGUUAAUGGACGACAGGGUGAGUGCAGUGAGGCCUGCACUAUUACGCUCAAGUGAAUCAUCUUAGGCAAAAACAGAAACUGUUUUGUACAGCUCAUUAUCAGCACUAA